GUCAAUACAGAUAUAAAUCUAAUAAAUUUUUAUCUAUGGUACCUAUAAAGUCAAAAAGAAACGUAAUUUUAUCAACACGAGAGAUAGAUUUGGGAUGGAUAAAUAGUGUUAAUAUUAAUUUAUCUGCAGUAAACAAUUUAGCUCAGAAAUUAGUAAAAUGCAGGGAACUAAAGGAUGAAUAUAGAGCAGCCUGGUUGUUGAAAGCUGUAACUUGCAUAGAUUUGACUACCUUAGCAGGGGAUGACACACAUAGUAAUGUAUCUAGAUUGUGUUUUAAGGCUGCUAAGCCAAUCGCUGAAGAUUUGUUAAGCCAACUUGGAUUUGAAUAUAAUGAGAAAAGCCCCAUUCACACAGCAGCAGUGUGUGUAUAUUCCUCCAAGGUCGAGGAUGCGGUUCGGACACUAAAGAAAAUGGGAAUGGAUGAAAAAGUUAAAGUGGCCUCAGUGGCAACUGGUUUUCCAAGCGGUCAAACACCUCUGAAAACGAGAUUGGAAGAAAUAAGAUAUGCCGUAGAGAAAGGUGCUAAAGAAAUUGAUAUAGUUAUAGAUCGAAGCUUAGUUCUAACUGGGAAAUGGGAAACUUUAUAUCAAGAAAUACAGGUUAUGAAAGAGGCAUGUGGUUCACACAGUCACAUGAAAGCUAUCUUAGCCACUGGUGAAUUGGGAACAUUAGAAAAUGUGUAUAAAGCUUCCUUAGUGGCGAUGAUGGCAGGAUCGGAUUUUAUUAAAACGUCUACUGGAAAAGAAGCCGUAAAUGCAACUUUGCCAUUUGGAAUUGUUAUGUCGAGAGCUAUCAAAGAAUAUUUUGAAAAAAUGGGCUAUAAGGUUGGUCUGAAACCUGCUGGUGGUGUAAGAAGUGCCCAGGAUGCAAUUUCCUGGUUAAUCUUGGUCAAGGAAUUAUUGGGCAAUGAUUGGUUGACUCCUGAGUUAUUUCGGUUUGGAGCAUCUGGAUUACUUGGCGAUCUGGAGUGCAGUUUAUAUCAAUAUGUUACAGGGAAAAUUCCUGCCGCUUAUGAAUUUUCAAUGGGUUAAAAUUUUGUAUAUUAAAUAUAAAUAUUUUGCCAAAUCUAGCAUUAGAUGUAUUAUUAUAUUAUGUUAAAAAUAUU